AAGUAGAAAGACACACAACUAGAAACAAUGUCGAACGUAAAUAUAAACGUGCAAAUGGAAUGCAAUUGCGAUCAUUAUAGGGGAAUUAUUGGAAGUAUAUGUUAUGGAAUCACUGGCCAAGCCCGUCCCUGCCGAAGCUGUCGCCGCAUGAUGAGAAGGAAGCAAGUUGUAGUGGUGCCAACUCCAGUGGUCCAGCCAAUGAUCCAAGUGGAGCAGGCUCAGGUGGCAACCCAUUAUCAGAUGCCAGUACAACAACCACAGAUGGCUGCCACGGUGCUGCCACCCAACUAUGCUCAGGCGGUGGCUGCCCAAUAGAGCCAACAAGAUUUACAAUCAUUAAUAAACCAGAAAGCUUGUAAAACAGUUAAAGCAUUGAAAAA